GCGUGGGCGCGGCCCACAGCACGCUGUGCGCGAGGCGGAUGUCCGGGCCGGCUGGGCAGGGGCUACGGACGAGAUGGCGGAAGGCGGAGGCUGCCGUGAGCGACCGGAUGCGGAGACCCAGAAAUCCGAGCUCGGGGCCUUGAUGAGGACCACGCUUCAACGAGGGGCGCAGUGGUAUCUUAUUGACAGCCGGUGGUUCAAACAGUGGAAGAAGUAUGUGGGCUUCGACAGCUGGGAUAUGUACAAUGUGGGUGAACACAACCUGUUUCCCGGCCCAAUAGAUAACUCUGGACUCUUUUCAGAUCCUGAGAGUCAGACCUUGAAAGAACAUUUAAUUGAUGAGUUGGACUAUGUGUUGGUCCCAACUGAGGCCUGGAAUAAGUUGCUAAACUGGUAUGGCUGCGUAGAAGGCCAGCAGCCCAUCGUCAGAAAAGUGGUGGAACAUGGCCUGUUUGUCAAGCACUGCAAGGUGGAGGUAUAUUUGCUAGAACUGAAGCUCUGUGAGAACAGUGACCCCACCAAUGUGCUGAGUUGCCAUUUCAGCAAGGCAGACACCAUCGCAACCAUCGAGAAGGAGAUGCGGAAGCUGUUCAACAUCCCUGCGGAGCGUGAGACACGGCUGUGGAACAAAUACAUGAGCAACACCUACGAGCAGCUGAGCAAGCUAGACAACACUGUCCAGGAUGCCGGGCUGUACCAGGGCCAGGUGCUAGUAAUUGAGCCCCAGAAUGAAGACGGCACAUGGCCGAGGCAGACCCUGCAGUCAAAAUCAAGCACUGCGCCUAGCAGAAAUUUUACUACCUCUCCAAAAUCAUCAGCAAGUCCCUAUUCCUCAGUGUCUGCCUCUCCCAUUGCAAAUGGUGAUAGCACUAACACCUCUGGGAUGCACAGUUCCGGUGUCAGCAGGGGUGGAUCUGGCUUCUCUGCUUCGUAUAAUUGUCAGGAGUCCCCAUCGUCUCACAUACAGCCUGGGGUCUGUGGACUUGGAAACCUGGGGAACACCUGCUUCAUGAACUCUGCUUUGCAGUGCUUGAGCAACACCGCGCCGCUGACUGACUACUUUCUCAAAGAUGAGUACGAGGCUGAAAUCAACAGAGACAACCCUCUGGGGAUGAAAGGGGAGAUUGCGGAGGCCUAUGCGGAGCUCAUCAAGCAGAUGUGGUCUGGAAGGGAUGCCCAUGUGGCACCUCGCAUGUUCAAAACCCAAGUAGGACGAUUUGCCCCUCAGUUUUCUGGCUACCAGCAGCAAGACUCUCAGGAGCUGUUAGCCUUUCUUCUAGAUGGGUUGCAUGAAGAUCUGAACCGAGUAAAGAAGAAGCCCUACCUGGAGCUGAAGGAUGCCAGCGGGCGGCCAGAUGCGGUGGUUGCAAAGGAAGCCUGGGAGAAUCAUCGGUUGAGGAAUGACUCUGUGAUUGUGGAUACAUUCCACGGCCUCUUCAAAUCUACUUUGGUUUGUCCAGAAUGUGCUAAGGUUUCUGUGACUUUUGACCCAUUUUGCUAUCUAACUCUCCCACUGCCCUUGAAGAAAGAUCGUGUUAUGGAGGUCUUCUUGGUUUCUGCUGAUCCUCGCUGCAGACCCACUCAGUACCGCGUGAUCGUGCCACUGAUGGGGGCCAUGUCUGACCUGUGCGAGGCUCUCUCCAGGCUGUCUGGCAUUGCUGCAGAAAACAUGGUGGUCACAGAUGUGUAUAAUCACCGGUUCCACAAAAUCUUCCAAAUGGAUGAAGGGUUAAACCACAUCAUGCCUCGAGAUGACAUUUUUGUGUACGAGGUCUGUAGCACCUCUGUGGAUGGCUCGGAAUGUGUCACGCUUCCGGUCUACUUCAGGGAGAAGAAGUCCAGGCCAUCGAGCACUUCCUCUGGGGCACUGCUAUAUGGACAGCCACUGCUGGUUUCUGUCCCCAAGCAUAAGCUAACCCUCGAGUCUUUGUACCAGGCUGUUUGCGAGCGUAUCAGCCGCUAUAUAAAACAGCCAUUGCCUGAAGAGUCUGGCAGCUCGCCCGUGGAGCUGGGGACCUGCAAUGGCUCCAGGGGCAGCUGUGAAGGAGAAGACGAAGAAGAAAUGGAACAUCAGGAGGAAGGCAAGGAGCAGCUUUCAGAAACAGAAGGCAGUGGGGAGGACGAGCCAGGGAGUGACCACGGGGAGACCACCCAGAAGAAGAUCGGAGGUCGGCCCUGCGCUAAAAAGCUUUUUACCUUUAGCCUCGUGAACUCCUAUGGAACAGCUGACAUAAAUUCACUUGCAACGGAUGGAAAACUACUUAAACUCAACUCUCGAUCCACACUGGCCAUCGAUUGGGACAGUGAGACCCGGAGCCUUUAUUAUGAUGAGCAAGAAUCUGAGGCCUACGAGAAGCACGUGAGCAUGUUGCAGCCUCAGAAGAAGAAGAAGACGGCCAUGGCCCUGAGAGACUGCAUCGAGCUCUUCACCACCAUGGAGACGCUGGGGGAGCAGGACCCCUGGUACUGUCCCAACUGUAAGAAGCAUCAGCAAGCCACAAAGAAGUUUGACCUGUGGUCCUUGCCGAAGAUCCUGGUAGUCCACCUCAAACGGUUCUCCUAUAGUAGAUACUGGAGGGAUAAGCUGGACACGGUCGUGGAAUUCCCAGUCAGAGGUCUGAAUAUGUCCGAGUUUGUGUGUGACCUGUCAGCAAGGCCUUAUGUGUAUGACCUCAUUGCUGUAUCCAACCAUUACGGAGCCAUGGGAGUUGGCCACUACACUGCAUAUGCGAAGAACAAACUGAAUGGGAAGUGGUAUUACUUUGAUGAUAGCAAUGUGUCCCUGGCCUCUGAGGACCAGAUUGUGACAAAGGCAGCUUACGUGCUAUUUUACCAGCGUCGAGAUGAUGAGUUUUCUAAAACGCCUUCACUCACCAAUUUUCCUGGAUCCUCGGAUAGAGGGACGAGACCAAGCAGCUCACAGCAGGGCACGGGGGAUGAUGAGGCUUGCAGCAUGGACACCAACUGAUGCUGCCUCAGUGAUCCUGCCACCUCACAGCACCAGUGUAACCCCCCAGGACACCUUUGACCCUCUGAAGACUACUAGUGUUUGGGCUAAAAACCAGAUGAGGAAAUUCCCUUCUUUUAUGAACAGAAGAAAAAAAAAAAAAGACGCUGUUUGCUCAGAAGGGUUAUGUCAAGAGGCUGAAUUAUUUUUCUUUUUAAACAGGUGGUGAAAAUUUUCUGUAAAACCUGUGGAGCCGCAGCAUGGCGGUUGGGCAGGGGGCACACAAUGGCAUGUCUGAAGGAUGCAAAUAGAAAAGGAACACACUGUAUUUGAAUAUCGUGGGGCCAUGAAGACUGCUGCAGGCCGCCCCCAGUUCCUGGAUUUCUGAUUCUGGUGCCACUUACCGGUCACCCCAGUAAUCUGCCCACAGUAAACUAGGCCUCAAGUAAACUUGA